AUGAACCAGGCGGGACGUGAUGCUGCCUGGGACUGGUCGGAUGCAGGGGACACGGCCGAGGGGAAGGUGUACAGCUCAGAUGAGGAGAAGCUGGAGGCACCAGCAGGAGACCCAGCAGGCAGCGAACAGGAGGAAGAGGGCUCAGGCGGUGACAGCGACGAGGAUGGUUUCCUGGACAGUUCUGCAGGGGCCCCCGGGGCUCUCCUGGGACCUGAACCGAAGCUCAAGGGAGGCCUGGGGGCUGGAGCGGAGGAGGGGGCACCGGUGGCCGCGGGACCCACGGCUCCUGGGGGCAAGAGCCGACGGCGCCGCACAGCAUUUACCAGCGAGCAGCUUUUGGAGUUGGAGAAGGAGUUUCACUGCAAGAAAUACCUGAGCUUGACAGAGCGUUCCCAGAUCGCCCACGCCCUCAAGCUCAGUGAGGUGCAGGUCAAGAUCUGGUUUCAGAAUCGGCGGGCCAAGUGGAAGCGCAUCAAAGCUGGCAAUGUGAGCAGCCGUUCUGGGGAGCCCGUGAGAAACCCCAAGAUCGUCGUACCCAUACCGGUACAUGUCAACAGGUUUGCCGUACGGAGCCAGCACCAGCAAAUGGAACAGGGAGCCCGGCCCUGA